AUAGAGACCAUUCCCCAUCCUCCCUCACAUUUGCCUGCAGAGUACCAUGUGCACUGACAAAAUCCACACCGGUUUGCUGGUGAUCAGCUACGCCACCUACCUACUCUUGGGUGCGAUCGUAUUCUGGGCUCUGGAGAAGAAUACCGAGAUAGAACAGAAAAGGGCAGUAAUCCAAAUGAAGGAGGCGUUCCUGCAGAACUUUGCCCACCUCACUGUGGCAGAUGUUGAGCAGUUUGUGAAGAACCUGACUGACGCUGUGCAGAGAGGAGUAUAUCCAGUAGGAAACGAAUCACAGACUGAAGUCAGCAACUGGGAUUUCAGUAACUCCUUCUUCUUUGUGGGUGCAGUGGUAUCCACAAUAGGCUAUGGCACCCAGUGUCCUAAAACGGUUGCUGGCCAGAUCUUCUGUGUUUUUUAUGCUUCAUUUGGAAUCCCUUUGACUAUCGUUUUCCUGCACCGGGUCAGUAAGAUGCUUUCUCUGCUGUGUGAAAGGCUUGGGAGAUGGCUGUAUCAGAAGGGAAUGAAAAAGAAGAAGAUCAAGUUUCUGACCCUUCUCUUCUUCCUGGUGAUGGGCAUUCUAGUGUUCCUGUGUCUGCCAUCACUUGUCUUCCAGGUGGUGGAGGGCUGGUCCUACAGUGAAGGAGUUUAUUUUGCAUUUAUCACCCUGAGCACCAUUGGCUUUGGAGAUUACGUAGUAGGUAAACAGCCUGACAAGAAUUAUCCUUCCUAUUACCGAUCUUUGGUGGCCAUUUGGAUUAUCUUUGGCCUGGCCUGGAUUGCUCUUCUGUUUAAUUUAUUGACAACGUUAUUGGAAGACACUGAAAAAAAAUUGCCCAGGAUCUUCACAAAAGGGGAAAGGCAGGUAAAGACAAUGAGGAAAACCGAAAAAGAUAUCAUCCCGUUAGUUUUGUUUCUGCAGAAGAACCAUCAUUACUGGGUUCUGGAGGAGAUGCACAGAAGACAGUGUCUCUAGCAGCACAUCUUGGAGAUGCAAAACAAAUGGAAACUAUUUUUUCCUUAUAGAAAAAUAUUAUAAUAACCCACUGGGAUCAGAGUUGUUUAUUGCAGAUUACACCGAGCCAGUAUUGUAAGAACUAGACCGAGAGGGGAAAGUCCUUUGGAAAUAUCAUUUCUCUCGCAUCCCACACAGAGAUGUGACUUUCCCUACACUCUAGCUCAAAGGUGAUACAAACCAGGGGUAACAGUGAUGCUAAAAUUGCUCUCCCAGCUGUUUUAUCUGCAGCAGACCCAUGAUGACAUGAUUUACAUCAUGGUUCCCUCCCCCAACACACAGUUUGCAAAGUUCUGCCUGUCCCAAGUGUCAAACAUUCUCUAGCUUCUUUGAAUCACUGCUAGCUGAUGUAGCGCCUUUGGAUAAAGAUCACAAAUGGCUCGAUUUCAGUGGCUGCCAGGUAUGAACCAAAAUGCCAUAAUGAGCUGUCUGGCUUUAAAAAAUGAGUGACAAGAUCGAAAGUCACAUAGGGAGCAAAUCACUGGGGUAAGAGAACGUGAUAUGAGCAGAAUUAGAAAAGGUGUUGGUCCUGUUUGAAAAUGGAUUAUUCUAUCUGUCUCAGGCAAAGCUGGGUGCAGUUCCUCCUCCCGGCCCUUUAGGAAGGCUUUACAAUUCUGGCUUAUUGAGUACAUCACCACUGAUUUGAUUCAGUUUCUUACUGUAAAAGGAAGUGGGCGGCUUUUCAUGAGGAAAUGCUGCUGUUUGAAAUGGAGGCGUUGUCAAGCACCAUGCAUGCCGGAUGGGCCUACCUGACUUGUUUAGGUUCUGCAGAACCUAAACUUCAAUUUCAAAACAUUGGCAUUUCUGCCCCUCGUGGUUGCCAGGAGAACCUUCCAAAUUUGAUCUGAGUCUAUAGGAUGCAGCCUGGUCUUCUUAAGCCUGCAAGAUAACAGUGAAAACACUGGCUUGGUGGAGUCUGGACUCCCUAACCUGCCCUCAUUGAGAAGAGCCACCAGACUGAUUAGAAGGCCUGUCUUCCAGUUCUUUAAUGAUUGAGCUCCUUGAGUCUAUUGGCUUAGCUUAACAAAGAGAAUUAUUAAGGGAUGGUGAUCACAGUCCAUAAGUAUUGAUACGGAGCAUGGGGAUUUGAUAACAGAGGGCUCUUCGAUCUAGCAGACAAAGGUAUAACAAGAUCCAAUGGCUUAAAGUUGAAGCUAGACAAAUUCAGACUAGAAAUAGGGGGCCAUUCCUCUCUGAGGAGUGUUACCAUGUUGUGGUGGAGGGGCUUGCAUGUUCAGAUGAACCCCAGGGCUAUGCCGCCUGGAGCCUAGUGCACCUGGUAGGGUCACCCAAGGUGAAUAGGUUGGGGGAGGUUCCAGACUAAAAAUGAUCCACCUCAAGACCCUCAUGAAAGCCCAAAAAUGACCAUGCAAACCUUGCCUGGACUAGGAAUAAUGGGAUCUACCUCUGGGGGAGGUGUCAGGCGAGCGUCUGGUGUUCAGGCUACCCAUGUAACCUGUCCGGGCCCAGCCCAAAAAGACGAUCCUCCGGAUCGAGAGGAACUAGUUGAGGUGGUUCGGGCAUCUGAUAAGGAUGCCCCCGGGAGGCUUCCGUUGGAACUAUAGCGGGCAUGUCCCACUGGGCGGAGGCCCUGAGGCCGACGCAGGAGACACUGGAGGAAUUAUAUCUCCUGGCUGGCCUGGGAAUGCUGGGUGGGGGGGGGGAGAAAUACCCCCAGGAGGAGCUGGAACCUGUUGCGGAGGAAAAGGAGGUCUAGUCCUCCCUACUCUCCAUGCUGCCACCGUGACCCUCACCAGGAAAAGCGGCAUAAAAGAAGAAGAAAAAAUAGUGUACAAGUUUUUAACAGUGAUGGUAGUCAACCAUUGGAACAACUCACCAAGGUUUGUGGUAGAUUCUUCAUCACUGGCAAUUUUAGGUUUGGAAGUUUUUUUUUUUUUAAAAGAUGCUCUUGUUCAAAUAGGAAAUAAUUCAGGGGAGUCCUACAAGCUGUGUUAUAGAGAAGGUCAGACUAGAUGAUCACAAGGUCUCCUUUGGCUUUAUAAUCUAUGCAUUUCAUUAUUUGUUGAGCUAAUGAUGACUGUUAUGAUGUCAACAUUAACUAUUUAAUUGCGGUGUGUUUUUGCAGCUGAAAAGGGGAAGGGGGAGGAGUCAAGCUUCUAGAAGAUGGAUGGGUGGGAAUAACUGCAAGGAAGAAACUGCUCCUUUCCUCCCUGUGCAUUAAGGCAAACAGAGGAGAGAGAGAAAAGAGGAUGGGGAGGAAAGAGAUACAAAGGGCAGAAACAGCAGAGGUAUAAAAAGUGAUGCUGAAUGAGACAGUGAAAUAGUGAGGGUUUUACUUACUGCACAAAGACUUUUCACCCUUGCUCUUUGUGCAAACACCUCCGUGAGCUCAUGGGAGUUCCACUGGGGUUGAAGGGGGAACGUGGAGUUUGACAUGUACAGCUCAGCCCAGAGGCUGUGACUGACAGCAGAGUUCAGCCCACUCGGUAGAAUCAGUGUGACUCUGCCGGUUUAAAAGAAAAACCCUCCAAAUCACACAACACAGCCAAAGCCAGGGGUCAGGAGAGCCCAUUUCAGGGAAUUUCACAACUAGUUGAACUUCAUGGGUUCAAAGCACUCAUCAACAGAAGCAAAACUUUGGGCAGUUUUUGUUCAUUUAAGCAACACAUCCCCUGGGUACAGGGGAUGGGCAGGGCCUCAGGAACUUCAAGCUUUUGGGAGUCUUGAACUGGGUUUUUGUCUUCCAUAAGGCCUGGUCGACACUUAAAAAUUAGGGCAACAUUGGUCAGGUGUCAAGUAUCAGAGGGGUAGCCGUGUUAGUCUGAAUCUGUAAAAAGCAACAGAGGGUCCUGUGGCACCAUUGAGACUAACAGAAGUA